GGCCCUGGGGCCACUGACACUAGGGGCCCCUGGACACUUGGGGCCCCUGGCUCUGACUUCAUUGAUCUGUCCAUGAUUAUUUUUUCUAACUUUAGUUCUGAUAAACAAAGACAGACAGGAAGGAGGUAUGUCACCCUGAUUACAGCCUAUCAGGCUCUGUAACUCCACCCCCUAAAGUCUGAUUGGACGACUCCAAGUCCCAGCACCUUUUGCAAAAGCAUGUGAUUGGUGGAGCUGGAUGGAGGCGGCCCACAGCCUGUCAGACUCGGCUCAGGGUGAUGAAUCGUUAGACUCUGGAGGAGGGAUGAGGAGGAUUAGAGCAGAUUACAGUUUGUAACAGCAGAGAAGAAGAAGAAGGAGAAGAAGAGGAGGAAGAGGAGGAGGAGAGAACUGGGACCGGGUCAGACACAGAGAAUAACCUGGUACAUACAGCACUAAACUGGACUAAACUGGACCGACCUGGACUAAAGUGGACUCAGUGGACUGAGCUGGGAGCUGACGGGGGGCUGUUGAGGUAGACUGAGCCAGGCUGAACUGGUCCUGCUGGUCCUUACUGGUCAAAUCUGGUCUGGUAAGGGGAACAGGAAGUGGUCUUGAUGGACGGUUUCCAGGCUUACGGGGCGGGGAAGGCAGGCGGAGCUUUUGACCCCCUGACCUUCAUCAGACAGCCUCAGACCAUCGUGAGGAUCAUCUGUUGGCUCUUCUCCAUCGUGAUCCUCGGCUGCGUUGCUAACGAAGGUUACGUUAACCGUCCAGAGGAGGUGGAGGAGUUCUGCAUCUUCAACCGCAACCAGUAUGCCUGCAACUACGCCGUCACCAUGGGAACGCUGUGCUUCAUCUGCAGCUCUGCUUUCCUGGCGCUGGAUGUUUACUUUCCUCAAAUCAGCGGCGUGAAGGACAGGAAGAAGGCCGUCAUGGCUGACAUCGCAGUGUCAGGUGAGACUCCGCCUCCUCUGGUUUCUUGAUCUUUACCUGUUGGU